GGCCAAAGAAGAUUUUCAUUUGACCAAUUAAUGGUUGCUACACAUCACACCAAUCACAAUCAAUAUAUGCAGAUCCAACAUUAUUAGUGCAAGAACAGUAGCUGUAGAUUGUGAGAUAAAAAGCAGGAGGGAAUUACAGUUAGAUUUGAGAAAGUUUGCUUUUGGAUAUGGAAGAUCACUACUCUUCUGGUUGGCCUGUUGUGCCUCCGGAAGCAAACUGGUCUGCUGCAGCUAAUUUCUCAGCAUAUGAUGAAUCCUAUUUGUUCCCAUGGCCGCAAACUCCUCACUCUUCAACUUCAACCUCUGCCGCCUUACUUCCUUCUUGGUCUAUACCGACUCAAGAGGCUGGCCAAGGAUUUCCUUCAUGGUCUACUCUACCGGUUCAAGAGUCUGCAGAAGAUAAAGCUGCUUCUGUUUCUAAGAGCCAUAGCCAAGCUGAGAAGCGGCGCAGAGAUCGGAUUAAUGCUCAGCUUGGAAUUCUGAGGAAACUAAUUCCCAAAUCAGACAAGAUGGACAAGGCAGCUCUACUGGGAAGUGUGAUUGAUCAAGUAAGAGAUCUCAAGGGAAAAGCAAUGGAAGUAAGCAAAAGCAUAACAAUUCCAACAGAAUUCGACGAAGUAACAGUAGACGUCGACGACUCCGACGAUGUUUCACAAGAUGUAAGCUCUACAACCAGCAAACAAAGCAAAGAAGACAACAUAUACGUGAGGGUCUCCGUUUGCUGCGACGAUCGGCCGGAGGUGUUCUCGGAGCUUAUCAGGGUGCUCAAAGGCCUCAGGCUGAGCAUAGUUAGAGCAGACAUUGCAAGUGUCGGAGGAAGAGUUAAAAGCAUCCUCGUACUGUGCAAUAAAGAUUCUAAAGAAGGAGGAGUUUCUGUAAGCACAAUCAAACAAUCGCUGAAUGUAUUCUUGAGUAGAAUCUCUUCUUCCUCUAUGCCUUCAAAUUAUCGUAUUAGAAGCAAGAGGCAAAGGUUCUUUUUGCCUUCUCAAUAGUUGCAUUAUUAUUUAAAUUUCCUUUAUUUUAUAUAAAAUUUUUAUUUGGUCUCUUUGUUA